AUGUUGCUCCACGCAGUUGCGUCGGGUCUCGCUCUGGCCGCUCCCAUUGUGGCCCAGCAGAUCUACGACAUCUGGUCAACAACAUGGCAGCGGGACAACCUCUUUACCUAUAAAAAUCUGAACCCGAAUCCCAUCAACUUCGUAUCUCCGGGCUCCACAGGCACGUCGGACAUCGUCGUCACGGACUCGACGGUGUAUCAGCAGAUGAUAGGCUUCGGUGCCGCACUGACUGAUUCGUCCGCAAAGCUGUUAAGCGAACUGAAGUCAACGGACUCGGACACCUACUGGGAUCUGCUCAAUUUGCUCUUCGAUCCUACGGAUGGUGGGAGCGGCGCGGGUUUCACCUACCUCCGCAUCCCUCUCGGUGCAUCCGACUUCUCUGCUUCUGUAUAUAGCUUCGACGAUGUCAGCGGGGAUACUUCCCUUUCCAGCUUCAACAUCAACAACGCCCCAUCCUACUUGUUUAGCACCCUUCAAGACAUCGUUGGCAUCAACAGCUAUCUUAAGAUCCAGAUCACGCCCUGGUCACCUCCGGGAUGGAUGAAGGACAGCGGAACCAUGAAUGGCGGAAAGAUGUACACUUCCUACGCCAGCGUAUAUGCCAACUACCUGCUCAAAUGCCUACAAGGCUAUCAGAGCAAGGGAUUCUCCAUCUGGGCUAUCAGUAUUCAAAACGAACCGCAGAAUAGUAACCCGUCCUACCCGACUAACCUGAUUGACCCGUAUUGGGAGGGCCAGGUGGCCACACAGCUGCGCUCUCUGAUGAACGAAAACGGCUUCUCCGACACAAUCAUCAUUGGCUACGACCACAACUGGGACGACGCCGGAGAGUACCCUGUCGAGCUUAUGGAGGAUGCGGCGGCGGCGUUUGACGGCGUCUCGUUCCACUGCUAUGCUGGGUCGGUCAGCGACCAAGAAACGUUUUACAACGCCUAUCCGUCGAAGAACAUCUACUUCACGGAGUGUACCGGGGAGUUCAAUAGUGACUGGUGGAGCGAUAUUAAGUGGUACCUGAACAACAUUUUCAUCGGCAGCGUGAAUUACUACUCGCGUAACGCCGCAAUGUGGAACCUCGUGCUCGACGGUGAGGGCAAUCCGAAGACACCUGGCACGACGAGCUGCGGUGGAUCUGACCCGUGCCGUGGUGUCGUCACUGUCAACAGCAACGGCACAUACCACUUGAAUCAGGAGUUCUACGCGAUUGCGCAGGCAUCCAAGGCAAUUCUUCCAAAAGACAGCGGAGGGCCGUUUGGUCAGCGUAUUGAGGUCGCCGUCAAUGGCAACCAGAAUCUCGUCGUGUCCGCUUUCGUUACUCACCGCGUGUCCUCAUCCGACUGGCUCCGCUACAGUUUGGUCGUACUGAACCAGAACGAUGACAACAAUGGCUCCUGGGAUCCGGUGAACAUUGAGGCCACAAUUGAGUUCAGGGGUCAACAGGCAACAUACACUUUCCCUGUCGGCGUGACUACUCUCUGGUGGUAUGCUGCCUCGGAAUAAGUGGUAUCGGGUUAUCUCGCAUUGCGUGUGCUGAUUUGUAUGCAUCUUCGGUUAAUUGCAUGUUCGCUAGGGACGCAUCCGCUCAAUUGUGUGUUUUAAAUCUUGGGCCUGCA